AUGAAUUCUCCAGAGGACAGUUCUUCCUCUUCCACACAGAAGACCUCGGAUUGGUCCAACCAGCAAACAGCCACUCCACAGCCAGGAGUUAGCCCUCCGUCUCCCACACACUGCUUUGGGGAUGGGGAAGGAACAAGCUCUGCUAAGCCAGCUGAAACACCUGUUUCAACCAACCCUGCAACCCCAUCUGAAACACCAGUUUCAAUCAACCCUUCUAGCCCGUCUCAAACACUUGUUUCACCCCAAAAAAAGAGGACAGCAGAGAAAAUAACCUCUGAUGCAUCACAGCCACAGGGUGAACGUCGCAAGAGGGGGAGGCCACCCAAACACAAGAAACCCCAGACUGACACAGAACACCAGAUCCAUCAGGCCCAGUCCCCUACAGUUUCACAUCCAUGUUUACAGCCAGAGGACCAAAUAGAGGCUGUGACACUGACACCCAACUUGCCUGUGAUACCUGAGGACAGGUGUCAGUCACCUGAUGCCCAAACAAAGGCUGAGACACAGCUCCUGUCACCCAGCUCACCUGUGCCUGAGGAUAGGUGCCAGUCAACUGAGGCCACCUCUGAACCACCAUGCCCCACCUUGGACUUACAGAGCCCCAAUAAGGGACAGAGUAAGAAUGGGCCCCAUCUCUCCAGUGCUUCUGUUGGACAUGGAGACACAACAGGCCCUAAUGUUCUAAUCACUGGUGGAUACAGAUACUCACAGGCCACUGAGGCCAGGGUGCUGGGGGAUAAACCCAGCCAGAAUGACAGUAUCACAGCCUCUGGGAUAUUUUUAAACAAAUGUGCCAAAGAGCAAAGGACUCUGUGCCAGUCACCACAGAAUCUGAGAGAUGGGAGAAAGGCGGCAAAAAAAUCACAAAUUCAUAAGGUCGACCAGCCACAGGAGAGUGAGACUGUGAGAAAUGGGGAAAAUACAUCUAAACCCUUACCGACCAUUAAGGUAGAACAGGAGAAUUGCCUAACACAAAAGACUGGGCGAAAGAGGAAAUAUACAAAAAAAUCACAGAGCCAUAAGGUAGACCAGCCAAGGGACACUGACCAGUCACAGGAGAGUGAGACUGUGAGAAAUGGAAAAAAUACAUCUAUAAAAUCACCAACCCAUAAGAUAGACUGGUCACAGGAGACGGUAAGAAAGAGGACGUAUACAAAACAUUCUCAGACCCCUAAGGUAGACCAGUCACAGGAGGCUGACCAGUCACAGGAGGCUGACCAGUCACAGGAGGCUGACCAGUCACAGAAAACUGUGCGAAAUGGGAAAAAGACAUCUAUAAAAUCACCAACCCAUAAGGUAGACCAGUCACAAGAGUCUGUAACAAAAAGGAAAAAUAUGUCUAAAAUAUCUUCAACCCACAAGGUAGACCACUCACAAGAGACUGUGCAAAAGGGGAAAUAUACAAAAAAAUCACAGACCCAGGAGACUGACCAGUCACAGGAGGAGACUGGAAAAAUCACAUCUAUGAAAUCACAGACGAAUAGAGUAGACCAGGCGGCAUCUAAAACAUCACAAAGCCAUACGGUAGAACGGUCACUCGGGAUUGACCAAUCACAGGAGACAGUGAGAAAGAGGAACUAUACAAAAAAAUCACAGAGCCAUAAGGAGCACUCACAUGAGACUGUGAGAAAUGUGGAAAAUACAACAAAAAAAUCACAGAAGCAUAAGGUAGUUUUACGAGACACGGAACAGUCACAGGAGGAAACUAUAAAAAAUCGGAAAUAUACUAAGAAAUCAAAUAUCUAUAAGGUAGACUCAGGGGUCCCUUCACUCCCUGUGCUAUCUGCAGACCUCUCCACCAACCUUUCCUCUCCCACACUCAGUCCUCCUUGGGUCCCAAAGAGAAAAUGUACCAAAAAAUCACAGACCCACAAGGUAGACUCAGAUGUCCCCUCCUCACUCCCUGUACUGUCUGCAGACCUCUCCUCCAGCCUGCAGAGGAGGAACUGCCUGGCCCUGAACAUGAAUUCUCCAGAGGACAGUUCUUCCUCUUCCACACAGAAGACCUCGGAUUGGUCCAACCAGCAAACAGCCACUCCACAGCCAGGAGUUAGCCCUCCGUCUCCCACACACUGCUUUGGGGAUGGGGAAGGAACAAGCUCUGCUAAGCCAGCUGAAACACCUGUUUCAACCAACCCUGCAACCCCAUCUGAAACACCAGUUUCAAUCAACCCUUCUAGCCCGUCUCAAACACUUGUUUCACCCCAAAAAAAGAGGACAGCAGAGAAAAUAACCUCUGAUGCGUCACAGCCACAGGGUGAACGUCGCAAGAGGGGGAGGCCACCCAAACACAAGAAACCCCAGACUGACACAGAACACCAGAUCCAUCAGGCCCAGUCCCCUACAGUUUCACAUCCAUGUUUACAGCCAGAGGACCAAAUAGAGGCUGUGACACUGACACCCAACUUGCCUGUGAUACCUGAGGACAGGUGUCAGUCACCUGAUGUCCAAACAAAGGCUGAGACACAGCUCCUGUCACCCAGCUCACCUGUGCCUGAGGAUAGGUGCCAGUCAACUGAGGCCACCUCUGAACCACCAUGUCCCACCUUGGACUUACAGAGCCCCAAUAAGGGACAGAGUAAGAACGGGCCCCAUCUCUCCAGUGCUUCUGUUGGACAUGGAGACACAACAGGCCCUAAUGUUCUAAUCACUGGUGGAUACAGAUACUCACAGGCCACUGGGGCCAGGGUGCUGGGGGAUAAACCCAGCCAGAAUGACAGUAUCACAGCCUCUGGGAUAUUUUUAAACAAAUGUGCCAAAGAGCAAAGGACUCUGUGCCAGUCACCACAGAAUCUGAGAGAUGGGAGAAAGGCGGCAAAAAAAUCACAAAUUCAUAAGGUCGACCAGCCACAGGAGAGUGAGACUGUGAGAAAUGGGGAAAAUACAUCUAAACCCUUACCGACCAUUAAGGUAGAACAGGGGAAUUGCCUAACACAAAAGACUGGGCGAAAGAGGAAAUAUACAAAAAAAUCACAGAGCCAUAAGGUAGACCAGCCAAGGGACACUGACCAGUCACAGGAGAGUGAGACUGUGAGAAAUGGGAAAAAUACAUCUAUAAAAUCACCAACCCAUAAGGUAGACCAGUCACAAGAGUCUGUAACAAAAAGGAAAAAUAUGUCUAAAAUAUCUUCAACCCACAAGGUAGACCACUCACAAGAGACUGUGCAAAAGGGGAAAUAUACAAAAAAAUCACAGACCCAGGAGACUGACCAGUCACAGGAGGAGACUGGAAAAAUCACAUCUAUGAAAUCACAGACGAAUAGAGUAGACCAGGCGGCAUCUAAAACAUCACAAAGCCAUACGGUAGAACGGUCACUCGGGAUUGACCAAUCACAGGAGACAGUGAGAAAGAGGAACUAUACAAAAAAAUCACAGAGCCAUAAGGAGCACUCACAUGAGACUGUGAGAAAUGGGGAAAAUACAACAAAAAAAUCACAGAAGCAUAAGGUAGUUUUACGAGACACGGAACAGUCACAGGAGGAAACUAUAAAAAAUCGGAAAUAUACUAAGAAAUCAAAUAUCUAUAAGGUAGACUCAGGGGUCCCUUCACUCCCUGUGCUAUCUGCAGACCUCUCCACCAACCUUUCCUCUCCCACACUCAGUCCUCCUUGGGUCCCAAAGAGAAAAUGUACCAAAAAAUCACAGACCCACAAGGUAGACUCAGAUGUCCCCUCCUCACUCCCUGUACUGUCUGCAGACCUCUCCUCCAGCCUGCAGAGUAGCCUCUCUCCUACUCUCAGCCCUCCUGGCAACCCCUUCUCACCAAACACACCUAAGAGAGUCAGAGGCAGACCUCAGCGGGUCCAGCAGAAGCUCUGUCUUAGCUCCACGCCAGGCCCUCACCCCAGAUCCUCGACAGGAACAGACAACCCCUUCUCUGUCUCCCUGUCUCACGUGGGACUGGGCUCCGAGAUGGAGGGCCCCCAGAACGCCUCACCCAUCACUCCCUGGAAUCUGUUGGAACUAAGCCCUCUGGAGAAGGUACUGGAUCAUCAUCAUCUUCAUCACUGAUUAGAAACAUAUAAUACGUUGUCGGGUGAAUGGUCAUACACUGAAUAGUGCUCUAGAUUGUGGUCAGUGUUUAAAAGUAAUCACCAUUCAAUAACCGUCUCUCUUGCCUAUUGCGUUUCAAUCUGUUUCAAUUAAAUCCCAGUAUUUAUAUGUUCAAUACAAAAUUGUUCACAAAAAUGUAUGUAAUCUCUCCCAGACACACUUAGCUUUACCCGGCAGUAAACCUCGCGGUAGGCCAAGGAAGAACCCGGCUACUGUGAAGGGAGUGAAGACUCAGGGUGGUAAGACGAAGGUGAAGGCUGCAGCAGAGGGAGGGUCCCAGACCUUCAGUUCUGAGGAGGGCCCCCCAGCCAAACGCAGGCGUAGAAGCAGGAAGGGCCAGACAGCAGAGGGAGCUGGCCUGCAGAGCGACGGCACUACCAGCGCUGAGCCACUCCAAUGCUCCAGACCCAGGUUUGAGCUGCAGGAGUCAGACUCACCAGACAAAGACACAGGAGAUGCCGCCCUGUCCUCAGACCUCUCCAUCGAGCUAAGCGUACAGGAAGACCAUGUAACAUCACUGACUCUUGAAGAGGAAGAGGAGGAAGAGCAAGAGGAUGAGGAAGACCUACCCAGUUUCUUAAAUAACACAAGUGAGUAACAUGCUGACUAGACUGGCUACGUUGUGUGCGUGAGCAUUGCUAAAUAAAUGUACACAUGCAUGUUAUUAGGGUGGAACAUACCAGUAUUGCUGUACUUGUUAGUAUCGGGGCAAGGAAACAAAACACAAAGCAGAUUUAAUUUCUGUAGGAAAACAGCCCUAAUGUUGGAAACAAAUAUCAUUAUGUUUGUCAUCCAGAGUAACGUUUAUUUGUUUUCCAAGCUAUAGCACAGAAGAUUUGACAUACAGCAGGUUUUUAAAGGACCAAAGAGUUUGACUGCUUCGUGUUUUCAUUUUUGCCAUUGGAAAAAUAUUGUGAUACAGGUAUCGUCCCGGCCCUACAUGUUAUUCAAUCAUUUAAUCCAAACUGCUCGCACGCUUCAACGGGCGUGUGCAUAGCCAGGCACUUAAAUAGAGCUUGGUUCUAUUUGAGAUGCUUGAAGCACUGCAAGUCCCUCCUCGCCCAUCUACUCAUUGGUUUUCACAAUCCUACUAACCAGCAUGGGAGAUUGAAAGAUGAACGAGGAGAGAUUAAUCAAAGAACUAACUAGGUUUCCCGUUUUAUCUGUGGAUUAAUUGUCGGAGUAGAGAACACAGAUCCAGCAAAAAAAAAAGGACCAUAUGCAUUUCAGGUAAAAUGACAACCCGAUGUUGAUCUCCCAGGACAAAUUAGCUAGCAACAGCAAGCUAGCUAAAUGUCCAUCAAUGUUUUAUGUGUGUUUCGACCUGUCCCCAACUUAAUAUAGUUGGUUCACAGUUGGUUUUGGUAUUUUAACAUGCGUGUCAUGAACACGUCUGGUGGGGAUAGCCAAUAUCAACAUGCACGUGGGGGCCGGUUUGGUCAAGGUGUAAGAGAGAGAGCGAGAGUGUGCGCGUGUGUUGGUAAACUCCCUUGCUGAUAUGAUGCCUUCCUGCAUGUGUACUAUAGCUUAUGUUGAGUUGUUAAUUAAUACUAAAACUAAAAUAACCCGUAGUUAUUUAUCUUUCAGAGCCGCUGUCCAUAACAGAAGGAAUAUGUGUUUGGUGCAAAUUUAGAAGCUAUCCUUUCUGGCCGGCAAUGGUGAGUAUUGAUCGCUGUGCUCCAACUAAAUUAAUUUGGAAUAGUCAUCAGUAGUAACUGAACUAGAAACUGUUUGACUCCAUAGGUGAAGAGUGUGAACCAUAAGCUGAAAAAAGCCAGCAUUGUGUUUAUUGACGACCUGCUGUUUGACAAGAAGAGGAUACGAAAAGGGUAGGAACCAAAACUCUGUAGGAACCAAAACUCUGUUCAGCUCUUCCCACAGUCAUUUCCUUUGAGCUGUAACUGGUGUCCAUUCCCUGAUUGCCCGAUUACCUUCUGCGCUCCAAUAUAAACUGUCGUCUUUUUGUGUUUCUUUUAAAGCUUUUCUGUGGCCCUAAAAACAUUGAAGCCUUUUGACUGUGAAGAGGCUGCUCAACUAGAGGUAAGGAUAACUGAGGAAAACAGUUUCUUAAGAAUACUGACUCCACAGAACAAAUAUAUAAUAUAGAUACAGCUGAUUUUUUAUAUACACUGAACAAAUAUAUAAACGCAAGGUGUAAAGUGUUGGUUUCAUGAGCUGAAAUAAAAGAUCCCAGAAAUGUUCAAUACGCACAAAAAGCUUAUUUCUCUCUAAUUUUGUGGACAAAUUUGUUUACAUCCCUCUUAGUGAGUGUUUAUCCUUUGCCAAGAUAAUCCAUCCACCUGACAGAUGUGGCAUAUCAAGAAGCUGAUUAAACAGCAUGAUCAUUACACAGGUGCACCUUGUUCAGGGGACAACAAAAGGCCACUCUAAAAUGUGCAGUUUUGUCACACAACACAACGCCUCAAGUUUUGAGGAAGCAUGCAAUUGGCAUGCUGACUGCAGGAAUGUCCACCAGAGCUGUUGUCAGAGAAUGUAAUGUUCAUUUCUCUACCAUAAGCCACCUUUGACGUUGUGUAGUGGAAAUUCUUAGCAAUAAUGAGGAGAGACAGGGUCAAUCACCAAUCAGGAUAUUACUUUAUUCAAAACGUAUUAAUAAGGUAAUAAGCGAGGCUGGUUGGCCCAACAGUCUUGACUGUUGGCUGAGAGCCCCGACACAAAGAAUACAAAGAUCUUUUAUAGGAAAGAUACACCCUCUUAGUCUACAUGACAAAUAACAGAUGUAUGGAAUGGGUAACACGGUGAGAAUUGAUAUAUGAGAAAUGAGUAUCUCCCAUCCAGAUAGCUUCCUCUCAUCAUUAUCCAUACCCAAGCCAUCUCUACCUGGUUCCUCAUUACACAAACGCCAACUCAUUCUAUGGAAUGAAUGCUCAGUCAUACCGGAGCCAUCUUCCUCACAUGAAUGGAAUGUGGCUUGUUAGGUUUAUCACCAAAGGCAUCGUAAAUCUACUUUCAGUGUUAACACAGACACAUGAGAGUUUCUAAGAACCCUUUUCUAUUGCAGAAAACAACCAUUUGAUGCAAUAAUAGUAUUAUAACGUCAUCUAGUGAUUUUUGUUCUCACAGUUGUUUUAGAGAAUUUGGUAGUACAUCCAACCGACCUCACAACCGCAGACCAUGUGUAACCACGCCAGCCCAGGACCUCCACAUCCGGCUUCUUCACCUGCGGGAUCGUCUGAGACCAGCCACCCGGACAGCUGAUGAAACUAUGAGUUUGCACAACCGAAGAAUUUCGGCACAAGCUGUCAGAGACCGUCUCAAGGAAGCUCAUCUGCGUGCUCAUCGUCCUCACCAGGGUCUUGACCUGACCUCAGUUCGGCGUCGUAACCGACUUCACUGGGCAAAUGCUCACCUUCGAUGGCCACCGGCAAGCUGGAGAAGUGUGCUCUUCACGGAUGAAUCACGGUUUCAACUGUACCGGGCAGAUGGCAGACAGCGUCAAUGGCGUCGUGUGGGUGACAGAGCAUAUGAGCGGAGUGGAGCAGUGAGAAUCUCAGCUCCUCGCUCACGGAGCUGUUCACCCCUCCGCUCCCCCCGCUCAAAGCCACAUCAGGCCAGUCCGCUCAUUAUUGCUCAGCGCUCAACGCAGUUUGCAUCGCGCUCCACUCAAAUCGCCCCCCCGCUCGCUCCAAAAAAGGAAAGAAAUCUGCAUGUAUUUCACUUUUAGCUUAAACCACAGCCUUACCUCCCAAAGAACUAAAGAGCAACGACAACAUUUUCCAAAUAUAAAUGUUUUAUUACAAAUUAGGCCUAGCCUAUGUAAGAAGGAAUAUACACAAAAAGUCCUGUAAAAUUAAACGAAUCAAUGGGCCUAAUUAUAUAAAUAAAAAUAUACAGGCUAUACAUCAAAGUUUUAAAAGUAAAUUAACUAUUAGGCCAAAAUUCUGAUAACUGAACUUUUGCGCAGCGUGCAUGUGGAUAAAAAUUUAAAUUGGCUUAUAUCCAUUGUCAAACUUUAUUAUAUAUUUUUUUUAAUGAAUUGCUUCCUUAUCUACAGUUCUUUUGAGUUCACCUUCAAGAACACAAGUCUGGCCAAUGUCUGAGGCUUCAGACUCACGCGGUGGUUUCUUGACAGCAGGCCAGCAGCGGAGAAAACCCUCUCUGCGCUCGCAGACCCGCUUGGGAUGCUGAACACAAUGCGAGCUACUUUAGCCAGGCGGGGAAACGACGUGGCGUUUUCUUUCCAAAAUCGAAUAACAUCUGCGUCCGGGUUCUGUCUCGGGGAUGAGAGGAAAUUUUCGACUUCACCUUUGGCGUCUCCGGUUAUGCGUAGUUGCUCGCUGAAGUAUGACCCGAACAGGUGAGCUCUUUUUGGUUCAGGCUCGGGAUUCAGGUCAGCGGCAGGUGGGGUGUCGGUCUCGGGUGUCCCGCUGGGAGUGUUAAUUUCCUCAGCUUCUUUUAUGAGGAGGUCGCGGAUCUCCCCGAGUUUGUUGCAUACAGACUCAUGUCGGAUUAUCCAUUCUGUCUUGAAACGGGGAUCUUACACUGAUGCUAAAAUGAGAUGUUUAUCAGUAUAUUCCAUAGCGAAUUGACACGUUGUUUGCCAAUGUUUCUGCAAAAGCAGCGAUACCCAUUGGAAGUGCAGCGUGAGUGUCAUCGGAGAGCAGGGAUUUGAUUUCUGUGACAGCAGGGAGGAUCAUCCCCAGGUUCCCCAGCUCCUUCUGAAUUUUGUCGGUGAGGUCUGCCAGUGGUGUCAGCACACUGACAAGGUGCGUCAGCUGCCGUACUUGAUUCAGGGUGAUGUUAGCAACAUUAGACUUGAGUUUGUUUUGCCAUAACGGGUAUUUUUGGAACAACCGGAUGAACGACUGAAUCAUCCGCAGCUGGCUGCUCCAUUGAGUGGUGCAGGCAUUUGUGGGGCGGACACCUAAUUGGUCGGUUUCCUCUGUGUUCAGGGUGCUCUUGCGUACACUUUUCACCAGGUGCCCGACUUUUGUGCUUGUUAACGGCGUCUUUGAUCGCCAGCUGAAGCAUGUGAAUGGGGCAUCUCAGAUGUAAAUUUGACACAGUAAAGUACUGAUUUAUCAUAGUUUCUACAUUAGUGGUAAUCACUUCCACAUGAACUUGCGAGGGUGCAGGUGGUCCCUCAUCCUCCUCUUCAUGUUCUACGCUGCUGCUGGCAUCCGCGGUCACUUCAUCCUCCGCCUCCUCUUCAGUGCCAGGGAGGAGGUUAAACGCCUUGAUCAUGUUGCUGGCACUGUCAGUGACGACCCGAAUCGCACGUCGUUGCACGUUCCAAUAUUUCAGUACACUUUCAUACUUUUGGUAAAUACGAUCUGCGGUAUGGUGCCCCUGUAUGUGCUCACAGCCCAACAAAACCGUGUGCCCCCGGAUCGUCCCAUCAAUGAAACUGGCCACGAUGCCAAGGAAGCUGUGCCCUCUUCUACUGGUCCAAAUGUCCGCAGACAGAACGAGCCCAUCACCAUUUUGCAGUAGGUCUUGCAGUUUGGCUUCCAUCUCUUCCAGGGCAUGUGGCAUGAGCGUGUCCCGUACGGUGUUGUAGCAUGGGGGGGUGUAGCCCGGUUGAGCUGCGCUGGCAAAGUGUUGCAUCCCUUCGCGUUCUCCUUUACUCAGUGGUUCAUAGUCCAUGUAAAUCAUUUUAAAAAAUGCUACAUCCAGCUCUCUUUUUCUCUCCCUUGUUAUGGUUGGGCCUUUGCGUGCAGUGAAGAAACUUUUGAAUUCCUCAACCCUUUUCUCUUGUUGCUGCUGCUGCUCCUCUUGCUCUAUAAAAUACAAAUUCACGGACGACACAAAUUAAAUUAAACAAACCAUAUAUUAGGCCUACUUUAAAUGACAAAACAAAUUUGUUUGAAUAUUAGGCUAUAUUUACUUUACACUUUUGUAACAAGUUACCGUAUUCAACUUGCUAACCUUUUGCUUCCUUCCCAGCGUGUUCACGUAGCACACUUUCGUGUUUUCGAGAGAUGUGUAUUUUUAGAUUCCAAAAUGAAACUUUACUGACUGAAAGGAUGUCACCACAUUCUUUUUCUUGUACCACAUUAUCAUUGUUAGUUAGUUUUAUAUUAAUAGUACACCUGUAUGACUUCUCAUUUUCCUUUUUGAAGUACUUGGUGAACUCCAUUAUUGUGCCGAGUUUUGACUGAAAAUAGUCUACUGUUGAUGACUGUGCAAGACACAGAUGGAUUCUGGGUCAGGCUUGAGCAUGCUUCGGACUCGUGGUGUGAACGGAGCGAAAUUGGAGCGGGACAUAGGGCGACGCUCCGUCAUUUUAAAAAUGCCGCUCUGCGCUCUGUCCAAAAUCCGCCCGCUCGCGCUACGUAGAACGAACACAAUUGCAUUUUAUCGAUGGCAAUUUGAAUGCACAGAGAUACCGUGAUGAGAUCCUGAGGCCCAUUGUUGUGCCAUUCAUCCGCCGUCAUCACCUUAUGUUUCAGCAUGAUAAUACACAGCCCCAUGUUUCAAGGAUCUGUACACAAUUCCUGGAAGCUGAAAAAGUCCCAGUUCUUCCAUGGCCUGCAUACUCACCAGACAUGUCACCCAUUGAGCAAGUUUGGGAUGCUCUGGAUCGACGUGUAAGACAGUGUGUUCCAGUUCCCGACAAUAUCCAGCAACUUUGCACAGCCAUUGACGAGGAGUGGGACAACAUUCCACAGGCCACAAUCAACAGCCCGAUCAACUCUAUACAAACGAGAUGUGUCGCGUUGCAUGAGGCAAAUGGUGGUCACACCAGAUACUGACUGGUUUUCCCAGUCAUGUGAAAUCCAUAGAUUAGGGCCUAAUGCAUUUAUUUCAAUUGACAGAUUUCCUUGUAUGCAACUCAGUAAAAUCUUUUAAAUUGUUGCAUGUUGCGUCUUAUAUUUUUGUUCAGUGUAUAUUUUUAAAAUAUUUCUGGUGACUGUUGUGUUGAUGUUUCCUAUUGUCUGUAGUGUAAAGCCAGGGAGAAGUAUGAUGCUGCCAUCCAAUGGUGUCUCGCGUUGAUAGCCGACUAUAGAAUCCGUAUCGGUAAACUAUUCUCCACUUCUCUUAGAAUGAGCACCUUGACCCAGAUUAAACUCAGUGUUAUAUUGCCCAUUACUGUCGUUGAUGUUUGUAUUGUCUUUGCAGGAUGCGGCUUCACCGGUUCCUUCAUUGAAUACUUUUCUGAUGACAUAAGUAAGUUCACGUCCAUUCACUCAAGACAUCUCAGCUGCUGUCUGUCCUCAGUUUAAACAGGUCGUUAGUACAACAUCAUGUAUUCUCCGUGACUGACCUGACUAAAUAAAGGUUAGAUAGAUCAAUACAUUACCUCUCUGAUCCCUCCCCCACCUCCCCCAGGCUGCCCAGUGAGAAGGCGCUACCCCCAGGGCACCUCAGACCUGACCUUCCCCAGUAAGCUAAUUCUGGAGGAGCAGCACGUAACCUCUGAUCCGGAAGGGGAAGAUCAAGAGGGCAGCAAACGGCAGGAGGAGGAGAGGAGGAGGAAGCUGCUGCCUGACCGUUCGAAGGCUGCACGUAACCGUGCCAACGAGAAACUGGUAGACUUCAUCGUCAGGCAGCGCCGGGUGGAGACACACCUUCUGGUGAGUAACCAUGCUGAUGCCUCUCUCACUCUCCCAGGCACUCAGUAUAGCAGUUGUUCUCUCCCUCCAUCUGUCCAUCCCUCUCCUUCGUCUGUCAGUAUCUUCUCUCCCUCUCUCCAUCCCUCUCUCCAUCCCCCUCUCUCUGUCCAUUCUCUCUCUUUCCUUCCAUCUUUCUCUGUAUGUAAUAUGGUCUCCAAACUGGAGUAGCUCAGUUGGUAGAGCAUGGCGCUUGCAAUGCCAGGGUUGUGGGUUCGAUUCCCACGGGGGGAGAGUAUGAAAAAAAUGUAUGCACUCACUAACUGUAAGUCGUUCUGGAUAAGAGCUAAAUGACUAAAAUGUACAUGUAAAUAACCCCUCUCUCUAACCCCAGGGUGUGAUCAGCGGUCAGCAGCAGUCUAAGUGGCUGCGUUGGUUCCUGGCGGCCAGUCGGUCAGUAGUGGACACCUACCUGGAGGACGAGGAGCAGCUGGACCAGGUGUACCAGUACCUGAGAGGGGUGUACGAGACCGCCCCCCUCACCGCACCCUGUCUGGCCGAUGUAGACCGCAUCCGCUUGGUACUGGACGUGCUCUUACCAGAGGUCCGAAUGCAAGAGAAUAGAAUACAACUUAAUUGUCCCAUCGAAACACAAAUGUGUAUUUUUGCUGUCUGUUUUUAUUACCAUUCUUUAUUGUUGAAGUGACGUUAAAAGUCCUACUCCAGACUCCUUUUCACCUCAAUUAACACCUGAUUUCCUUAACAAAAGGCACAUGUCAAUAGGUGGUCCAGGUAUGACAUGACUUGGCACAAGUAGGGGGGAUGGGCCUUUCCUCUUUUGUUCUCUAUUGUUCCUCAAGCGUUGAGGGAGGCCGAUGACAUCACAUCAGACCAUCAGACCAACUCCUUGAAUGCCAUAAUCCUUGAAGUGUGCAGUUGUCUAAAAAACACAACAUUCCUCAUAAAUUAGUCUUCAAUUAGUUAUUAUUCUGAAGGGUGAGGUCCAAAAGGCUUCUCAACGGCUUCUACGCCCAAGCCAUAAGACUCCUGAACAGCUAAACAUGGCUACCCGGACUAUUUGCACUGCCCCCCCACCCCAUCAUUUUACGCUGCUGCUACUCUGUAAAUUAUUUAUGCAUAAUCACUUUAACUCUACCCACAUGUACAUAUUACUUCAACUACCUCAACUAGCCGGUGCCCCCGCACAUUGACUCUGCACCGGUACCCCCCGUAUAUAUAGCCUCCCUACUGUUAUUUUAUUUUACUUCUGCUCUUUUUUUCUCAACACUUUUUUGUUUUAUUCUACUUUUUUUUAUUAAAAAUAAAUGCAUUGUUGGUUAAGGGCUGUAAGUAAGCAUUUCACUGUAAUGUCUGCACCUGUUGUAUUCGGCGCGUGUGGCCAAUACAAUUGGAUUUGAUUUGAUCUUUUUGUGUAGGCUAUUAUCUAUGCGAUAGCUGGAGUGGACGAGUUGUCACUGGUGAAGGCAGAGGACAAAUACUUGAAAGGGCCCUGUCUGAGUAAAAGGUAAGUGAUGAGUUAAAGCCUAGGCAUUAGCUUGGGGAGCUAACGCAAUCAGGUUUCCGUUUACACUUAUUUCUGGUUCUAAAUCUGUUUUCCUCUCCUUGCUUCUCUCCUCAGGGAAAGAGAGGAGUUUGAUGCGAUGAUCGAGCAACAGAUGAAGAUGAAAGCAUCGAUCCGUCAGCGUCCUGCACACUGAACGUAACACGGCCUACUUGGCUUCCAACCCUCAGACUAAGAGUGCCAUAGGGCACUGGUCAAAAGUAGUGUGAAUACAGUGCCAUUUGGGAUGCAGCCUCAGAAUGCUGGUGUCCUAAUCAAACGAUCCUUCUAAGCAUUAUAGGACAAUACGUAAGUAAGUAGCCUUGUCCAAGCAAGAACCGCUAGUAACGUAGGAGGCUAUCACCUUUUUCUGUACCGUGAAGCAGCUUGAAGUACAAGUACACCCUCUGGCCAGGACACUGGUCUAUCGCAGAGAAUAAGAGCCAUAUAUAACUCUCUCUAAAUGUGGCUCUGAGGACAAUCAACUGCUGUUGUACAUGCUAGCAGUGGUGUGACUGAACAAAAGUACAUUGAAUUACCAAGUGAAUCGA